AUGUGCUACUUCGGCAAUUACUACGGGAGCCUUGGCUGUGAAUACGGUGGGCUUGGUUAUUUCUCUGGCUAUGGUGGCCUGGGCUGUGGCUUUGGCGAUGGCGGGUCUGACUAUUGUUGCUGCCGUCCAUGCUAUUAUCACAAAUGCAGGACCUAUGGAUUUUACUGA